AUGUCUGACGAACGUUCAAUGAAAAAAGCUGAAAAACACAAGCUAUCUGAUCCACUUGACGAUGUAGCUUGGAAAAUUAUGCGAAAGAUGGGUUAUGAACAUGGUCAAGGAUUGGGUGUUAAUGCUCACGGUGUAGUUGAACCGGUCGCAUUGAGUAAACAAAAAGGCAGAAGUGGUCUCGGUUCAGUAAGAACAACAUCGUCAUCUGAUAAAAAGAUUGAAUCAUUCUCAGGCGAACUCUAUCAAUCUUCCAAUCCAAAUUUAGUCUGGCAUGAAGGUUGUGAUGAUGAUUAUACUACAGCUGAUGGAGAUCGUACGUGGUCAUGGUCAAUGGAAAGCGGAUGUUCUACUAAUUCCUUAUUGGAAUUGAAUUCUCUAAUUAUCAGUCCCGAUAAACCGGAGGCUUUAGGUCCGCCUAUUGAAGAGUUGGAUAAUGAAGAUAAAUUCUGCUCAAUUCAUCUUGUUCAAGAAGUUUUAAAUUAUAAGAAUCAGUUGGAUUAUUUAUCAAAAUUGAAUGUCACUAAAAGUCAUGAACGUUGUAAUCCAUAUGAAUUGAUAAAGAAAGGGAUUUUUAUGAACAGAGCUGCAAUGAAAAUGGCCAACAUUGAUUCAAUCUUUAAUGGAAUGUUCACAACUGCUGCUCCAAAAGAUGAUGUAUUAUAUUUUGCUGAUAUAUGUGCUGGUCCUGGAGGUUUCUCAGAAUAUACUUUAUGGCGACGAUGUAAUGCUCCAUAUCAUAUUCACUCAUCAAAUGAAUCGAAACGGCUUAACAAUACACUCAGUCCUAAUCAUCAUUCCAAUAUCAAUGAUAAACUACUAGAAGAUACUACUGAAUCUGUCGAUCAUAACAGUCCUACUAAUAAUACUAGUACUACUUCAGAGAAACAACAACCAUUACUGUCUGCUAAAGGAUUUGGUUUAACAUUAACCGGUCAUUGUGAUUUUCGUGAAAAUGAUUUCUUGGCUGGUCCAAAAGAAGCUUUUAUGGCACAUUAUGGACCAGGACGUGAUGGGGAUGUUACAAAAUGGUCGAAUUUAGCCUCAUUCGCAUCAUUUAUUGGUCGUAGUACAAAUAAUGCUGGUGUACAUAUUCUAAUGGCAGAUGGAGGUUUCGAUGUAUCUAGUCAGUAUAAUCUUCAAGAGGUUAUGUCUAAACAAUUGUACUUAUGUCAGUGUUUAUGUGCAUUAAUCAACCUUAGACCAGGUGGACAUUUUUUAACAAAAUUAUUUGAUACAUUCACUGAAUUCACAAUUGGUAUAAUUUAUUUGAUGGGUUAUUUAUUUGAAGAGAUUUUCAUUAUAAAACCCGUAACUAGUCGACCAGCUAAUUCGGAACGUUAUUUAGUAUGCAAGAAUUUACGAUCAUCUUUAAACACAAUGGCUGGUUGUGUACCUGCUCCCAAAUCAUCAUCAUCCAUGACAAGUCAUUCGGAUUCCACUGAUCAAAAGUCAAGUUUCCGACAGAAGACACGUAAAUUUCCAGGUCAACAAACAACCACCACAAAUGGUAUUGUUGUUGAUGAUAUAGAAGCCAGUAAAAAGUUUGGCAUUCUAACUGAUAUGAAACAAUCUGGUUCACUUGGUCUAGUGAUCAAUCAUUUUUUACAAGUUAAUGAAAAGUUAAAUCAAAUUAAGACAAACCAAUCAGUGUUGUCAUCAUCAUCGUCAAUCAAUCCAAAAUUGGAUGUAUUAAGAAUAUGUCACACUGAAAUAAUUGAACAAGAUGAAAAAUUUAUGCAAUUUAUUCAGGGGAUGAAUGAAGAUUUUGCUAGAUAUCAAUGUGUUGCUUUGUCAAAACUAUUAGCAUUCUCUCAAGAUCAUAGUCUUAUUGAAAAGAGACAAGAUGAAUUGUAUAGAACAUGUUUAGAAAAAUGGAAGAUUCCAAUAACAGAACGUCGACCUGUCCCUUGGCCUUUAUUAUCCGCUAAUCGUUCACCAAUUAUUCGUCGUUUAUUAGGUGAUAGCGAAAAUUUGACAUCACUCAAUACGUUACCAUCAGAAUAUCGUACAAAUAUACGUCUUACACAAUUUACUAAUGCAAAUUUAAAUAAUUUAGAUAUUUUAUAUCAUAGUCGAAUUGCUUUAGUAUGCGGUAAUCCGUCGAUUACAUCAACUUCUGAACCAGCUCAAACAAUGUUCAUUUAUUCACAUGGAUCUGCAGUUACGGAUAUUUAUUGCACUGUUGAUGGAGAUCAAUGGAAUAGAUUAGAUCAAGUGAUACCAAGACUAAACCCACGACUUCCACCUAGUACAUUAAUUUGGGGCCAACCAUUUUAUGAAUAUGCUGUGAAGAAUGGUUUACGAAAACACGGUUUAUUUAUAUAUGAUGUUGUGUGUAUCUACGGUCGAGAUUGUCGUAAAUUACCAUACAGGAAAAGAAUGGAAUUAGCUGAACAAAUGACAAAUGUAAUUAAUUUUCCAGAUAUGACUUCAUCCAAUGUUCGUGUACCACCAUUUCUAAAAUUGUCAGAAAUAGUUGAUUAUGUGAAAAAACUACCUCUUCUACCAUGUAAAGAUUCACCAACACUUGUACCAAUGCAUUGUUUAUCCGAUGGUUUUACAUUUCAACCACAUUCUUUGUUAUUAGUACAACAUAUGACGGAUAAUUGGACUGAAGAGAUUAGUAGGAGUACUGGAAAGGUGUAUUACUUUAACCGAGUGAAAUCUGAAUCCACUUUCGAUUUACCAGAAAGUGAACACUUGUCAUUCACCGAUACACAUUACACAAAACUACCUUGGAUAACAGAACAAAAAUAUUAUCCAAGUGUUACUACUUUAGUACAAUAUUUAGAAAAAAUGUCAGAUCCUUAUUCAUAGUUAUUGGAUGAUAUGCCUAUCUAUUCAUUGGUUCAGAUUAUUUGUUUUCAAUUUCAUUCAAACAGACACACACACACACACUCACAAACACUUUUUGUAUGUUUCUUUUUUGUUUUAUUCAUGAAGAAAAAAAACAAUAACCUAAUUGUUUGCCCCCUUUGUAUAGAAUUUUUUUCUUGAUUCGUAAUGUUUGUUUUACCGCAAAAUAUUUUCAAUGGUUUAUAAGAGGAGUAAAUGAUGAUGAUGAUGGGGGAGGGUUUCUCAUCCAGCUAAAACGUUGGGAGUUCGGAUUGUUUUGUUGUUAGGUGAUUGAAGUUAUAAAACUACUUAUGGACAAUUUUUUUUACUUUUGCAUAAAAUUUCAUAUUUGUUACUGUAAGCUUGUUUGGCUUCCUCAAGAUUGUCUGUAUCAUACAGCCUUUUCAAAGUUGAUGACACAAUACUUUUGGUUAAAUUCUAUGAAUUCAUAUGGCAUUUAGUCCUUUCUCUUCUCAUAUAUAAGUUAUAUAAUAUACUCUUGUGGGUUAUAUACCAUAUAGGCUUUGACGCUACAAUCUGAAUAGUACAGUUCAAUCCUAUGGCACAACCACACAGGUACCAAGCAUCCUAAUCUAAUGUGUAUAGUUGAUUACAAAAUAUUAAAAUGAAAUUGUUUUUCAGGGAUCAGUUAUCGUGGAUGAUGAGUAAAAUUAUUGUCUAAGGUUAUCCAAAACGUUGUUCAUGUUUAACAAGUAAUUAUGUUUUGUAUAACACAUUCAACUUCUCUAUUCCUUUAUUAGAUCAGUUCUGGAUAUUGGAAUGUAAUUUCUUCAUCAAAUGAUUUCAUUUCGGUUGUUUGGAGUUAUCCAUAACUGUUUAUUAUGAACAUGUCAGUGUAGUACAGCCAACUUAUCGGAUAAAAAACACAAAUAUAAUGAUUCUUAGGGUUGGGAAAUAAUUUCUUUGCUGAAAAUCAUUCUGUUAUAUAUUAAAGACUGUCACUAAAUGAAUGAGACCUAAUGUCUCAUUGAAAAAGAAUGAACAUAAUUCAGCGUAGAGAAUUUUCUUGACGAUUUAAUUUACCGAAGGCUUACAAUUAUAUUUGUCGUUAAUUUCACUUGCCUCCAAAUGCCCUGGUACAACUGAGAGUUGGGAGAGUCAGCUCUCCCUCUCGAAAUGUUCUGACAUGAUCACGUAUAUACAGCCACUGCCAGGGAAUUCCUACUCACUGCCUUCUCGAGGCCGGGGUGUUGUUUACAAAAUUGAGAGAACGGAAAGAGGGUUGGUGAAUACGGAGGAUUCACCUUGGGGAGUUGGAAAAUCCUGAUUUCAAACCGAUGGUGCACACGGGCACCAGUACCCUGAAGGAACAAGUAGUGUAUAAACCAAUUGUUGGUCACCGACUACCAUGGGACUGCAUCUCCUUAUGUUGUUCCACUGCUUUGUGGGUCAUACCUUUAGGUCGAAGGCUCCGGAUGUGGCCCCCUAAGAAGACCACCUGCUUCGUUUUGGGCACCCGGACAGUAUUCCAGUCGUCACAUAUAUCAAAUGAGAUUUGUGUGGCGCAUAUGUAUUUGGUGCAUCCUUCUACCAAUGUUUACGUGUUUAAAUAAAUAAAUCACUUGCUAAAGUAGUAAAAAAAGGAUGAUGUUGAACAAUUGAACAUUCUUAAAGUGUUAUGUUAUCAUAAACUGUUUACGAAAAUAAGAUAUUGAAGGGAAUUUAUUUAAUAAUGGGUUUGUGAGAAACUACAAAGAUAAAGACAAUUGGUCCACUUGAAAGCUAUUAAGAACCGAAUAAUUGAAUGUUCUAAUGAUGGUCAAUUGAUAGUUGUAAAUAUAAUUGAAAAAAGAGUAGAAAUAAUAAUUUUUCACAGAAAAAUCAAAGAUUACGAAAGAUUGGGAAAGGAAGUUUACGGCUAUGGAAGAAUGAAGGACUGAAUAUAUUGUCUACGUAAACAAAGAGUAGGCUUGAAUAAAUGGAUAGUAAUAGUCUCUUCUGUACAUAAGUUUUUUUCAUUUGCAGUCCUCUUGAGCCUACUUUUCUUACCAUAAUAAUUUAAAGGGGGAUUCUGGUGAAGCUGAGUGACUAGUAUUGAAUAGGUGUUUCAUGAUUAGGCUUUUGACAGACUUCCUCAAUCCUUUAGAAAUCUAUGUAGGUUAAUGUCCAGAGAUGCUUUCCGAAAGGGCGGAUUGAUCAAACCCAAAGCGGGAGAUUGUCCUCCACACAAUUACAAAUCAUGGACUGACUGGUAAAGAUAAUACAAAGCUUAAGCGAUUAGAAACUUUUUCUCAGUGAUCUCGAAAAUCUUUCAGAGUGCUACUGUAGUAGCUCGUUUAAAUUUAGUUUCCAUAAGGAAAGAGUCCUCUUUGGUGCUAUGGACACUGUCUCAUCUUGUUGUUUUGGCUUCAGAUUUUUCUCAGUAAAUCUAGAUUGUUAUGUAUUCUACUUGAUUGCGGCAGGAUACGAUAUGCAAUUAACGGCACUCGGACGUGUGGAACCCCACAGUGGUGAAAUCAGAUGUAAGAAGCAGGGGAAGUGAUGACAGGGUAUGAAUAAAUAAGGUACAAAAAACGGGUACUUAUGGUUAUUGUCGUUGGCUACGACAUCAUUAUAAUUCGAUCGAUCCCCAAGGAGGCAAUUUAUGCUAUUGUCUAAUCGUAGGAUGCCACAUCGAUUUUCUAGACAGCUAUAACGGGUUUUCAUUGGAUGGAAUCUCUACGGUUCGUUAGUCUCCAGAGACUUGUGCUUUUCGGAGUAAGUCCCAAUAUGGAUAUUCAUUAUUCAUAAAAAUUUGCUGCAAUUUAUCAAUUUCGAUAUACAUGGCAUUCUCGGUAAAAUUUCGUCUAGCCCCCUUGCAGAGAGUAUGGAUCAGGUUUCUCUUUUGCUUCAAUCUCCAAUGCUGGGUCCCAUUGAGGACAAUUAGUUUGUGAAUAUAGUGUUGUUUACCGAUUCAUUAUAUCUAACGUUUCCUAAGAUUGUAAAUUAAAGUCGGUUUUAAGUAACCAAAUGGAUUUGAUAAUAAACUGUUUUGUGUUGACUAUAAAAAUUUGUUUCUAUUUAUUUAUUUCAGUUCAUUAUGUACUACACAUUAAAACACCAGCAGUCCGAAUCAUAUAACUGAUUUUUUAACACUACCCCAGUUUGUUAGAAGUUUAGAACAUUUGCUUUUAUUAUGAUAACGAAAUGAAAGUUAUUUGUCGUUUGUAGCGAUACGUUAACGGAAUACAAUCUGGACAUGAGAUUAUACAAUCGCCGAACUGGAUAGAGUGAUAUACAUAAAUACAAUAUCCGACUGACAAUAGAGAACCAGGUUAUAUGUUUACGAUAACGCGUUACAAACUGUCUCCGGUUAAUGAAACAAUAAGUAGAAAUCGGCAAUAGAAAGAAAUUCACAAUAUUAUUCGUUUUUCAACGUUUAACAAAGCUAAGUAUCUAUUUCAUAGGUCUAUCACAGUCUAC